AUGUCAAACCUGUAUGUCGCGUUCACGACACGACAAAAUGGCGGUAGAAGAAGAGCCGGCUCUUCUCAAAAUUGGACUUUCUCUUCGGAGGGUGAAUUUUUGUUUUCCGCGCACGGUCCUUUCUUCUUCCUUGAAGCAGUGCAGAAGUAUGGGUUAGAGGAUGUAAGCAGGGAAUGGAUCCUUCAAUCUUCCACUUUAACAUCCCUGACCAAAUACAACAUGAGUGAAAGUGAACGAUGGACUGAGACAGUCCUGGACAAUAUCAUCUGGGACCCUGAGAAAUACGUUGUUUUCGGAGACUUUAAAGAUCACGAUGAGCCUAGAGUUGGGAUUGUACGCAAGGAAACUCAAGAGAAUCCUGCAGGAGCCGGGCCGGAUGAUGAAGGCCCCCGUGACUUAACUCUUUUGAUGCUUCCAUUAGAACAAAAUAAGGCCGCCGUUAAAAACCGCUGGCGGAAUGCACUUCGCACUCUGGAUUCGGAUGCUACGCACGUCUACCAAUUAAUUUCAGGGCAUUUCGGAAGGUCUAAAGAUCGUGAAUCAAUGGGUGUAGCGGAUCUCGAGAUAGAGAAAGCAAGAUUAAAAGUACUCGAGAGUUUUGCUCAAGUGACCCGCUCGCUUGCGGACACGCGCUUAGAGCAGAACGAGGUCGAAUCCAUGACCAACAUGGCGUCUCAAACACACACCUGUGAGGAACCCUUUCGUCUAGAGGAGCUAUCCCAGAAUACGGAAGAGGUAGUUGCCAACUUGAGAGAUGUUGAUAAUCUUAGGCAAUCACUGAUCACAUUAUCAAGGAGGAUUGGUAUGUUGUGGGGAAUGUGGGAGAGAAGUAGGAGUAUAGCUUCAAGAGUCUUUCCUGAGGUGUCAACUCCUACCAUUGAAGAGUAG